GUGUUGAGUGCGCUCCCGGGUGGCCCGCAGGUGCGCCCCGGAGCCAUGGUGAUCAUGUCGGAGUUGAGUGCGGCCCCCGCGGGCUCGGGCCGGAGCCAGCAGAAACCCCUCCGGGUGGGCUUCUACGACGUCGAGAGGACCCUGGGCAAGGGCAAUUUCGCCGUAGUGAAGCUGGCCCGGCAUCGAGUCACCAAAACCCAGGUUGCAAUAAAAAUAAUCGAUAAAACUCGAUUAGACUCCAGUAAUUUGGAGAAAAUAUAUCGUGAGGUUCAGAUCAUGAAGCUUCUGAAUCAUCCUCACAUCAUAAAGCUUUAUCAGGUUAUGGAGACAAAGGAUAUGCUUUACAUUGUCACUGAAUUUGCGAAAAAUGGAGAAAUGUUCGAUUAUCUGACCUCCAACGGGCACCUCAGCGAGAAUGAGGCACGGAAGAAAUUCUGGCAGAUUCUGUCCGCCGUGGAGUACUGCCACAGCCACCACAUCGUCCACCGGGACCUGAAGACCGAGAACCUGCUGCUGGACGGCAGCAUGGACAUCAAGCUGGCAGAUUUUGGAUUUGGGAAUUUCUACAAGUCGGGAGAGCCCCUGUCCACGUGGUGUGGGAGCCCCCCGUACGCGGCCCCAGAAGUCUUUGAGGGGAAGGAGUACGAAGGCCCCCAGCUGGACAUCUGGAGCCUCGGCGUCGUGCUGUACGUGCUGGUGUGCGGGUCGCUCCCCUUCGACGGACCCAACCUGCCGGCGCUGCGGCAGCGGGUGCUGGAGGGCCGCUUCCGUAUCCCGUUCUUUAUGUCUCAAGACUGUGAGACGCUGAUCCGCCGCAUGCUGGUGGUGGACCCCAGCAAGCGCAUCACCAUCGCCCAGAUCCGGCAGCACAGGUGGAUGCAGGCCGAGCCCCCGGUGCCGCGGCAGGCCUGCACGGCCUUCUCUGCGCUCAGCUACAACGCCAGCCUGGGCCGCUACGAUGAGCAGGUGUUGGGGAUCAUGCACACCCUGGGCAUCGACCGGCAGAGGACCGUGGAGUCACUGCAGAACAGCAGCUACAACCACUUUGCUGCCAUUUAUUACCUCCUCCUCGAGCGGCUGAAGGAGCAUCGGCACACACAGCCGUCGGCGCGGCCCGGCCUGGCCCGGCAGCAGAGGCCGCGCAGCUCGGAUCUCGGCGGCUUUGAGGUGCCUCAGGAAGGCCUGUCUGGUGACUCUUUCCAGCCCUCCCUGCUGUGCCCGCAGCCCCAGGCCUUUGGGCAGUCUGUCUUGCAGGCGGACACGGACUGUGACCCCCUCAGCUCACUCCAGCCCUUGCUCUUCCCCCUGGACGCCAACUGCAACGGAGUGUUCCGGAAUCGCCCCAUCUCCCCGAGCGGCCUGCUAGACGCGAGCAUCAGUGAGGAGGUCAGGCAGGGCCAGGGCCUGGAGGAGGAGCGGGAGCCGCAGGAGCCCCUGUCCGGCGGCACAGGCCGGAGGCACACGCUGGCCGAGGUCUCCACCUGCUUCUCCCCGAGUGCCCCUCCGUGUAUCGUGGUCUCCUCCUCCGCCGCGAGCCCUUCGGAGGGCACCAGUUCCGACAGCUGCUUGACCUUCUCGGCCGGCGACGGCCCAGCGGGGCUCAGUGGCCGCCUGGCCGCCCAGGGGCUGGUGGGCACCUGUUCCCCUCUCAGACUGGCCUCACCGCUCCUGGGGGCCCAGUCUGCCACCCCAGUGCUGCAGGCUCAGGGGGCCCCAGGAGGGGUCACUCUGCUCCCCAUCAGCUUCCAGGAAGGCCGGAGGGCGUCAGACACCUCGCUCACUCAAGGGCUGAAAGCCUUCCGGCAGCAGCUGAGGAAGAGCACGAGGGCCAAAGGGCUCCUGGGCCUGAACAAGAUCAAGGGGCUGGCUCGCCAGGUGUGCCCGCCCUCCUCCUCCAGCCGGGCCACGAGGGGCGGCCUGAGCGCCUUCCAGCUGCCCACGCCGAGCCCGGGCCCGCACGGCGGCGGGGCCGGCAGCCGGGAGGGCCGGAGCCUGCUGGAAGAGGUCCUACACCAGCAGAGGUUGCUCCAGCUCCAGCACCACCCGGUGGGCCCGCCCGGCUGCCAGCAGGCCCCCCAGCCGCCCCCGGCCCCGCUGGUCCUCGCCCCGUGCGACGGCACGCUCCUUGUGUCGGGACUCCAGAAAGAGCUGGGGCUGGCGCCCGGCCCGCUGCUGCCGCCCCACUUCCUGCAGGCGGGGGGCUCCCCGGUGGCGGCGGCGGCCCGGCUGCUGGACACCCACCUGCACAUCGGCAGCGCCACAGCCCUGCCGCCCGCCGCCACGCUGCCCCCGAGCUUUGUGGCCGCGGGGCUGCCGCAGGCGGACUGUGAGAUAGAGGACCUGACCUCGGGCCGGCUGGGCACCUUCGUGCUGGUGCAGUGAGGACCCCCCCCCCCCGCCUGCGGCUCGGGCCGGCCGGCCCUUCGAAGCAAUAAUUUCAGAGUAUGUGAAGACGUUUCCGGACUCGAAGCCAAUAAGUUUCUAGAAGCGAAACAAGCAAUACGUUUGGUGUUUUGGCUUUUUA